ACUGCUCUGAGGUAAAGCUGAGUUAUUGAAGUUAUUUUGAGACAGAUAGCUUCUGGUUUUGGUCACUGAGGAGCGGAGAAGAGUAAUCGACGCAAUGAGGUGUACUUUGGUGAUUGUCAUCAUGGGGGCUCUGCUUGUGGCUGUCAUAGGACAGCGGGGUCGCUACCGCAGGCCAACCAGGGUGAGGACCGAGUGCUGUACGAGCGUCAACCGUGCCGUCAUCCCCAACAUCAAGGCAGCCAAGAUCCAGAAUGCCCUGCCUCCGUGUGUGGAGGCCAUGGUUUUUACCACUGAGGACGGGAAAGAGUACUGCACCGAUCCAAAGGCAGCCUGGGUACCUGCAAUUCUGAGAGGUUUGAACAUGACCCAAUGAACAAGAUUGGUGUUCUGGAAUACACCACCCAGGAUUUCUUCUCACAAGUGGAAACAGUGAAAUAUGUUCUUGUAUUAUAUUCACUGUAUUGGAGCUUAUUUGAAUUGGACCUUUGGUGGGGACUUUUUGUGACUUUUUUUAUGCUUUAAAAAAAAUAAUAAUGCUUUAACUAUUGGUCUUCAUAUAAUUUAAUUUCAUAUACCUAUGCACGUGCACACACACACACACACACACACACACACACACACACACACACACAGACAUACACAUACACACACACACACACACACACACACACACUUACAGUGUGUCUUAACAGACUUUUCAUAAAAUGGUUGUUGACUGUUGAUUGAUCAUGUCCCUCACACACACUUAGGCAAGACAAGUUUAUGUACAACAUUCCAUACACUGAGGCAAUUAAAUAUGCUUUACAUAAAUAAAAAACAAA